GUUCCUGGGGUUUUAUCAACCACACACGCACGCUUUGUACUAAGGUCACGUUCAGUGCCAGUCUGGUGAACACGUUGGUCAGGAUUUGAACCAUUCGGGGUUCUUUGCUGCAGCUGAUGCCCUGUGGUCAUGCACGUGCUAUCAAUUCUCCUUACUCUACUCUAUUCCAAAUCGAUAUCUUUAUAUCUUACAAUGUCAAGCGUGGAACGCAGGUCAUCAAAGUCCAACAGCAUUAUAAUGACCUUUAAUUUUUACCUACUGCAUAUUGAUAAACGUGAAACGUCACACGAAUUUGUUUUGAUUGUGUGGAAUUUAAUCAAUGGCAAUAAAGUCGAAAUCAUUAACCUCAAUUGAUGUGCAGUUUGGUACGUGAUAGGAUUCGCCAAAAAUUAAUGCUCGGAGCUCAUGCGCUUAAUUGAAUAUUUGCUCGUGAACGAGAAAGGAGGAAAUAUUGAUAGCACGUGACAUGCACACCUAAUGCGAUUUCCUCAGUCGCAGCGUAGGUGUGUAAACAUCUUUAUGUAGAUUUACUAGAUAUUGACGCCAUGGGCGUGCUAUGAAAAUGCGACGUGCGAUGAGUUUUAUUUCGCGCCACAAAAUGCGCUGUAGGUUAACUGCGCGUGUCGCAAUUAACAAUCCGAUGCGGGCUCGGUCGAUAAUACAAGCAUAAAUUUUAUAAGUUGACAACAGCGUAGUAUACUAAAAACAAUCAAGGCAUCUUAAAUAUUUAUGUUUGCGACAACAUCAUGGCUUAAACUAAUAAACAAACGUUGUUUAUCUUGUCUGAUAGUCGAUUAAAAUUAAACAUUCUGCGUAGUUUUGUCUUUGUAGUUUGGAAACUUAAUUAAUUCGGAAGUUUGUGAGAGGACAUCUUGAACUUUGGAUCAAUUGGAAUUGUAACUUGGAUUAAAACUAGAUUAUUGGAUGUAAACUUUAAGAGAAUUUAUUGUUUUAUUUGGUUAUCAGCAGAAAUGUACCAACUAUGAGUUUGGCCAACUAGCCUAAUACUAGAGCUGGCUUGAUAUUCAUUUUUGAAUUUAAUCUAUCUAUAUAUAUAAAAAUGAAACCCGCUUCGCCUGGUCAAGCCAUCACGUGAAAACGGCUAGACCAAUUUGGCUGAUUUUUUUUUGGCAGUUUUCUAAUACUCUGUAGAAGGUUCUUACGGAAAAAAAUAUUAGGAAAAUGUCUCGGACAGAUUGAAAAAAAAUAAAACCGUCUCCCGUUGUCACGCCAUCUAUGUGUGAGAUUUCAGAAGGCAUAUAUAAACUUCACAUGAUUUAUAUAGUAAUCUGUGGUAAUUUGUGACAUACCCGCCGCGCCAACAAUAAGGUUAUUAAAGUUUUUGACACACAGGUUUUUGUUUGGAAAAGGAAAGUCGCUUUCUCUGUCUGUCCCUUUGUAUGCUUAAAUCAUUGAAACUACGCAACAGAUUUUGAUGCGGUUUUUUACUUCCGUGCGAAGCCGGGGCGGGUCGCUAGCGAUGUGACUGGCAGAGAAUGCCUUACGGCAUUAAGUCCUCCUUUUGUACAAUAUUAUUUUUUUGUGUAAUAAAGUUUAAAUAAAUAAAAAAUAAAUAAGGCGGUACGAAGUUCGCCAGGUCAGCUAGUAUUUUAUAGUAUUGUGAUUAUAAACAUGUGGAGAAAUGCUAAAAAUGCACUUUAGCGCCAUCUAGACUUUAGUUAUUUUGCUAUUACAACGAAAUAAUCUCUAUACCUACUAAUUUUCAUCUUUCAUUUUACACCCUUAAAUCCUAAUUUUUGAUGUUUUAAUAGUUAUUCUGCUAUUCGAGGCUGAGACAAAUUCCACAAAUCAUAUUUCAUCAAAAUCUGUCCUGCCGUUCUUAAGUUAUUAAUGCUGUAACUAACUCAACUCGGUUUAAUUUUGCGUUGUAAACUUAGGUGCAUUGUUUUUAAGUAUGUUGAAGGAUUUGUGAAAUUUGUAUACUUACGAACACUAUUUAUAAUAAUAUCUAUCAAUAAUAUAAUGAUGAAUCGCAAAAUCUGUUGGUAAGCGCAUAACUCAACAACGCCUACACCAAUUGGGCCAAUUCUUGUUUUGAAAAUGUUCGUUAAAGUUCAAGGAUGGUUUUUACGGCGAGAGUAAUUCGAAUAAUUGUCGGGAAAACCCUUGAGACAGCCCUUUUCUAUAGGCGCGCUGAAGUGCAUUAUUAGCAAUUCUUUAUAUAAUUAAUUUCUUUAAAAUAAAAGUGCGGUCCUUAUUGAUAGAAUUGACACAUACUAUGUCUAGAACAAGAGAGUAAAAACGAAUUACAUUUUUUAUUAAACACUACCGGGACGAAAUCGCGGGCAAAAGCUAGUUUUAUAUAAAUAAAAUAAUUCUAUAAUAAAGGCUUGCCUUGCCAUCAUUCGGUACAUAUUUUUUUAGUGAAAACUAUGAAAACAUAUUUAAGGUUAUGUUAGGUUAUGGUAUCUAAUUAAUUUAUAUUUGUAAGAAAACUAGGUAGUCAGGUCAUGUCACAACUUUGGUACUAAACAUUUUGAUUAUUCCUCGGAGAUUAAUCAAUCAAAACACAUUAUUUAAAGGCCAGCAAAGGCAAGUUCAAGUUGUGGCAAGCGUGCGAGGUGGUGGUGCUGUGCCAAGUUUCAAUCUCAAUUUUUCAUCGUCAUUACUGACUUGAGGACGACGCCAUUUGAAAAAUAAAUUAACUUCAUCAUCUUUAUUGCGCGUAAAAACGUCGUAAAUUUCUUGUUUCUGCAGGUUUUCGUUUUAUUAGUUUAACUUGGGUUGCUAUGAUUUAUAGAAACAAUAUCGGUGGUGAUUCAAAUGAUUACAAAGUGUAUGCGAAUGAAGUCAUAAUAAUAAUAAUCAUAAACCGAAAAGUACACAAAGAACGCGCUGAUAUAACAAUAACUAGUGAUGACUGAUGAGAAUCCCGGAAUGAUGCGCAAUUGAAAAUUUUUCCGUUGUGUACUCGGCACACUCGGUUACUGUGUACACAAAGAAUUUGCUUGCUUCCGACGAAUGCAGCGGCACAAAUGUAAUUGAUUUUUUCGACGCGCGUUGCGUUUACUCGCGUGAUUCUGAUUAGAUCCAUGAAUCGACAGAGUAUGUGUGCGUGUGUGUGCGCGCCCUCCUUAGUUAGUCGCAGCGAGGGGGCGCACACCACCGAUCGGGAAGAAGCGGCAACCACCGCCACCGCCGACGUAAAAGGGGAGGCGCGCGUCGACUGCGCGCCUCGCGACAUCACCGGUGGUGGCGGCACGCUCAGUGCUUGCGGUGCUCUCCAUGGCGACUACACCCGCCCGCCACGCCGCUGCCGCCGCCGUCGUUGUUCCAGUGACGCAUCCGAUGGGCACGCCGAUGGCGUGAGAAUAUGGAGCCGGGAGCGACCGCUGCGUCAGAGUGAUAACAUUUUUUUACUACUACCACCCGUUGCAUAGACUGCGUCGUCGUCGUUGUCGUCGACGAGUUCGGAAGUGAGGCGCGACUUGGUUGUAUGUGCGCGGACUUAAUGCUAAAGUAAAAGAAUGAAUGAGCUAAUAAAGACGCAAGAUGGUACUGAGUACGGAAUGGACGCAAGUUGAGGUGAUUGAUUUGGUGAAUGAUGGGACGGGUAUAGGUUUUGGGAUCGUUGGUGGCCGUAGCACUGGCGUGGUGAUCAAGUCGAUCCUACCCGGCGGCAUCGCCGAUAAGGAUGGUCGAUUGCAGAGCGGCGAUCAUAUAAUCCAAAUUGGCGAUGUCAACCUACGUGGGUUCUCCGCCGAUCAGGUGGCAUCGGUGCUGCGGCAGGCGGGGAUGCAGGUGCGCAUGGUGGUGGCACGGCCCGUCGAGUCGACAUGCUACCCGAAUCAGCACAGCGCGGCGCCCAUUGUGCCCACCAAGGUGCUCAACGAUCCCGAGGAGAUGGAGCGCCUGCUGGCCGCCAACGGGUACGAAGAAUACGCGUACAAUCAGGCGGCCUUUGAAUCACCCGGCGACUAUAAUGGUGAAUCGUCUGCAACGGGCACGACGGUGGAGAUUGUCGAACCGGCGACCACCUCGAAUCAAGACCCGGGUGUUUGUUCUGUAGUGACCUCCAACUACGACAUCAGCUCGGUGAAUGUGAUAAAUGUAGAUGUAAAUAACUUAGCUGUAAAUGGUAACUGCGACUCUCCCGAAGGUGGGAAGAUUAUCUUGACCCCGGUGGAUAUUGAGUACACUUCUCUACCGGAAACUGAAAGAAUAACCGUUUGUAUUAAUAAGAAUGAGUAUGGUAUGGGCAUUACCAUAGCUGGAUAUGUCUGUGAGCGGGAGGACCUUAGUGGGAUCUUUGUCAAGAGCAUCAGUGAAGGCAGCGAGGCACACAAGUGCGGCUUAAUUUGCAUCAAUGAUCGGAUAAUUGAGGUGAACGGCGAGAGCCUUCAGGAAUGCAGCAACUAUGAAGCUGUUGAGAAAUUAAAACAAACCGAUACUGAGGUAAACCUCACCAUUGAAAGGUAUCUCCGAGGUCCCAAAUACGAGCACCUGCAGGAGGCUCUUGCUAGUACUGAAGCGAAGGACCUAAGUCCUCCGUCGCCAUCAGUCACUACCCUAAGUUGGAUCCCAAUAGAUACAGAAGCGGCGAUAAUAGAGCCCGAGGGCGAGUCGGUGACUACGAUCAACAGCGAGAUCUACGAGUGUCCCGAGCGUGAGAUCUUUGUGGAUGAUAAUUUCGACGCACAGCCGACGGAGGAGUGCGAGACGUCCAUCAAGCGGAAGUGGAGUCUCAUCGUCGGCGACGAGUCGGAGAUUGUGGUGGCGCACCUGACGAAGUUGACUGGCUUGGGGAUCAGCCUGGAGGGCACCGUCGACGUUGAGGCUGGAGUGGAAGUGCGUCCGCAUCAUUACAUCCGGUCGAUUUUGCCCGAAGGGCCAGUCGGGCAAAACGGAAAGUUGUGUUCCGGUGACGAGCUGUUGGAAGUCAACGGGCAGAAACUGUUAGGGAUCAAGCAUGUGGAGGUGGUGAAGAUUCUAAGGGACCUUCCGAAUGCCGUGAGGCUAGUGUGCGCAAGAAAGUCGGAGGAGAAUCGCGUGAUUAACACGUCGCAGGAUCGCGAAGCGUUCGAUUCGAGGAACAUCCUUGGCGGUAGCCUGAAAAACCUCCUCCCACAGCCGGAACCGCGCAUUGUCAAAGCCCUUAGCGAUACGUCUAUCCACACGUCGAGCACGGCUACGAUAACAGACGAUAACAGCCUGCAGAAAGCGAAAUCCAGGUCGUUAGAGAACACCAACCUCGCAAUGUGGGGUGAGACGGUGGAAUAUAUUGAGCUGAAGAAGACGGAUCGCGGCCUUGGAUUCUCCAUCUUGGAUUAUCAAGACCCGGUCGAUCUACAGGCUACCGUGAUUGUUAUACGAAGUUUGGUGCCCAACGGGGCGGCAGAAACGGACGGGCGGUUGAAACCCGGUGAUCGCUUGAUAUCAGUGAAUGACAAGUGCAUCAAGAAUGCGACACUUGAUCAGGCCGUGCAGGCACUCAAAGGGACACUUCCGGGCACAGUGCGCAUUGGCGUUUGUAAACCGCUUCCUAUUUCCACAGCUAGCAAUAGUCACGAUUCUCCUACGAUCGAAUCAUAAUACGAAAUAAUGUAAGUAACUACGCAACCAUCAUCUAGCUAUUUACUUACAUCAGAGAUCAACACGUUAUACCUACUUACUAUACUAGUAAUCGUACUAAUCGCCUAAAGUUCGUAGGUUGAGGUACAAAUUGACCAAAAAAAGAGGAAAAAUAUAGCGAAUAUUAUAACAUAGGUACCUAUAUAUUUCUAUUGUGAGAAAAACAAAUCGCCGGGAGUCCUGAGCCGUUUCCUUCGAAAUCGCAGAGCUACAGACACAUUUUAAAAUCAACAUAACCAUAACCUAAUUUUAGUGUCUGUUGUUUUAAACGGGCUGGUACGAUAUUUAGAUGUAGACUUUUGCCAAAAUCAGAAUCAGAUCUUUAUUAAUACACAAUUAACCUGUAAACAAAAUAUAAACAUAACUUAUUUGUCGGUGGUUAAAAAUGGACCAAAAUAGUCUUUAUUUAAUGCUUUCUUCUAUUUGGUCACAAAUAAUACAAAUAUAACCACAAAAAUCUGUUAGCAUAGGCAACUAAAUUCACACGCGAUCGAUGCGAAACCAAAUUUAUAAGAUGUUCCAUCAAAAUUGUUAUGAAUGUUGUUAGCGUUUAUAAUUUUCUACUUUUAUCCACAUCACUGCGCUCGAUUGGGUUCAUCCGUAGUUGAAAAAAUUGUUGAAUACAAUUUUGAUGACGAUAAUAAUAUUCUAACCUAGUAUAUUUAUAGAAUUAUAUUUGUAUAGGAUAUUGAGAAGCGAAGGAAGCGAUUUGGAGGAUGAGGAAAGAUGUCAAUAUGAUAGCUUCGAUUACUCUGGAUUACUCCACAGAUUUGUACAUUUCAUAGCGAGUACCUCUAUUGAUAACGUUAAGCUUUCGGCAGUUCAUCAAGAAAUGAUUAGGCCUUAAUUAAUUACCUACAAUUACCUUCGUGUACAACUGUCGAUCGAUUUUCGAAUGCUUGUUUUGUUCAACACCAAUCAAAUCUACACGUACCUAUUACCAAACUUUAAUCAGAUUAAUCUCGUAAUAUCGACGCAAUUAUCAAAACUCUAGCGAAAUAUUUAGCAGAAUAUCAAUAACAACAACAAAUAACAAAUUAUUCUUAACAAAUGUGUUCGAAUGUGUUGUAUUUCAUUUGUAAAUUAUUUACGUAUUACACUAGGGUAACAUUUGUACAUGUGUUAGUGUUUGUUAGCUUUAGUUGCGUUACUAGUGAUCAAUUGAAUUGUAAUUUGUAAUGCAUUUACGCAAAUGAGCCAGUAAGCAGCGUUAAUUUACUUACUUAUCGGUGAAAAUGCGAUGGCACAUACCUACACACUCAACACACACACGAUAAACAAUCAGCGGGCUUUAUUACGAACGUAACGAACAAACUUAAAGUCUAAACGUAACUUACUGUAAAGAAAAUGAUGUAAGAAUCACAACAAUGAAGUAAUUAAUAUUAUUACAUAUUGAGGAUUAUAUCGAAUGAGAUUUAAUUCACUAGUACAACUCGUAAUAACUAUAAAACAUGUUAUAACAAUGAGAAAAAAAGAAUUUUAAAUAAAUUACAUAAAAAAAUA